AUGGGGAGGUGCAAACUCAAGGAACGCAAACGAGCCGCUGGCUACUGCCUCCUCUUCGUCGAAAACCUCAAAGGAGCCGCGCUCGAAUGGUUUUCUCGCCUAAAACAAAAAUCCAUCGGAAGUUUCCGCCAACUUGCUUCAGAGUUUCUAAAGCAGUAUUCCAUGUUCAUGGACAGAAAAACCUCGGACGUCGAUCUCUGGAGCCUGUCUCAAAGAGAAGACGAGCCACUUCGCGAGUUCAUGAACAGAUUCAAGCUAGUAAUGGCAAGAGUCACCGGGAUCAGCAACAAAGUGGCGAUCGAUGCUCUGAAGAAAACUCUCUGGUACCGGUCGAAAUUCCGGCAAUGGAUAUCCCUCGAAAAACCGAGAACGAUUCAGGACGCUCUUCAUAAGGCAACGGACUUCAUAGUAAUGGAAGAGGAGAUGAAAAUCCUCUCCCAGAAGUACAACCCGCAGAAGACGCCCACAAAAAAGAAAAGCUCUCAAAACGACAAGAACCAGUACAAGGAUAACUCCUACUGCGAGUUCCACCAGAUCAAAGGUCAUUCCACUACGAACUGCAAAGUUCUCGGCGCAAGGCUAGCUGCAAAACUCCUCGCUGGCGACCUCUCGAAGGUCACUAGCAUAAAAGACCUCAUCCUGGAUUCCGACCGCCCUCCCAGGACUGAUAAAGAGUCUCCCGAGAGGACGCACGCGCAAACCAGUCUGGCAAGAAACGCGGAAGAAGGCAGGAUGACCAUGGAGACAAUAGUAACCGCCGCAGGAUAA